GGUGAAGUGGAGGAGAUGGGGGGCGGGGCGGUAUGGUGGAUAAAAGGAUUGUACUGCAGAGCGACAGUCUACAGUGGAUCAGGAUCAGGCCGAAGGAUGAGUAGGACUCUGCUGUGGCUGCUGGCCUCUCUGGCCUUUGUCUCUCUGACUUCUCUGGCAGAUGGAGCUCCAUUGAAGGUGAUGUCUGCCCCUAACUUGUUGCGGGUAGGAACAGCUGAAAACAUCUUUGUGGAGUGUCAGGACUGCACCGGAGAUAACAUCCAGGUCGACAUCAGGGUGAUGAACCAUCCAACCAAAAGCACAACGCUGAUAUCCACAUCUGUGAUCCUUACCAGUGCAAGAAACUUCCAGGAGCUCGGACAAAUAACGAUCCCUGCUGACAGCUUCAGUAAGGAUCCUACCAUAAAGCAGUAUGUGUACCUGCAAGCUCAGUUCCCAGACCACCUGCUGGAGAAUGUCGUCUUAGUGUCCUUCCAGUCCGGGUUCAUCUUCAUCCAGACUGACAAGACCCUCUACACCCCCAACAGCAAAGUUCAUUACAGGAUGUUUGCAUUGACGCCCCGUAUGGAGCCCGUAGAGAGGGAUGCUCAAACUGAUGCUACUAUUGCCAUCGAGAUUGUGACCCCUGAGGACAUAAUUUUACCAUUGGAUACAGUCUCUUUGAUAUCAGGGAUCCACUCUGGAGUUUACCAACUCGCUGAAAUUGUCAGUCCCGGACUGUGGAAAGUGGUGGCGAAGUUCCCCAGCAACCCACAGGAGAGCUAUUCUGCAGAGUUCGAGGUCAAAGAAUAUGUGCUGCCCAGUUUUGAAGUUAAACUGAUACCUGUAAGUUCCUUCUUCUACGUGGACAGUCCAGAGUUCACCGUCGACAUCAAAGCCAAGUAUCUGUUUGGUCAAGAGGUGGAUGGGACGGCCUACGUGGUGUUUGGGGUUAUGGAAGAUGGUCAGAAGAAGAGCUUUCCAGCUUCUCUUCAGAGAGUGCAGAUAGCGAAUGGUAUUGGAGAGGUGACACUGAAGAGAGAGCACAUCACACAGACUCACAACAUCUCUAAACUGGUGGGGAGCUCCAUAUAUGUAGCUGUCAGUGUGCUGACGGAGAGCGGUGGUGAAAUAGUGGAGGCAGAGUUGAGAAAUAUCCAGAUUGUUACAUCACCUUACACUAUCACCUUUAAGAAAACGCCAACAUUUUUCAAACCAGGAAUGUCCUUCGAUGUUACGGUUGAAGUUGUGAAUCCUGACGGCACUCCGGCAGUGCGCGUUGCCAUGGUGGUCGACCCCGGCAAGGUGGAAGGCAUUACCGCAGCCAAUGGCAUGGCAAAGCUUUCCGUCAAUACAGUGGCGGGCCAACCAUCACUGAUGAUCACCGCAAGGACCAAGGAUAAUCGUAUUUCAAAUGAAAGGCAAGCAUCAGCCACCAUGGUCGCUCUCCCAUAUACCACUCCAAGCAACAACUACAUCCACAUAGGUGUGGAUUCACUUGAGCUGAAAUUAGGAGACAACCUGAAAUUCAGCCUCGUCCUCAACAUACGAGAAAAACAAAAUAAUGACAUCACAUACCUGAUCCUGAGCAGAGGUCAGCUGGUGAAUAAUGGACGUUACAAGAACACAGGUCAAACUCUGAUUUCUCUGAAUGUUCCCAUUACCAAAAACAUGCUGCCAUCAUUCCGCAUCAUAGCCUACUACCACACAAAUGGCAAUGAAGUGGUAUCAGACUCUCUUUGGGUGGAUGUAAAGGACUCCUGCAUGGGCUCGUUGAGACUGGAGCCAUUGACAUCCGCUGCAUCCUAUGAGCCUCGCAGGAGUUUUGGUCUGAAGGUCACUGGAGACCCAGGGGCCAUAGUGGGACUGGUGGCAGUUGACAAAGGCGUCUACGUCCUAAACAACAAGCACCGUCUCACCCAGAAAAAGGUGUGGGAUACUGUAGAGAAGUACGACACAGGCUGCACACCAGGUGGAGGGAAGGAUGGUAUGGGUGUGUUCUACGAUGCUGGGCUGAUGUUUGAGUCCAACACAGCUUCUGGAACUCCCUACAGACGAGAAUUAAAAUGUCCGGCUCCUAGCAGAAGGAAACGAGCCACUACUAUAAUGGACGUCACAACCAGCUUAGUGAGUCAAUAUCAAGACCAACUCCAACGAGAGUGUUGUUUGGAUGGCAUGAGGAACACCCCCCUCUCCUACACCUGUGAGAGGCGAGCAGAGUACAUCAGUGAUGGUGAAGCCUGUGUCGCAGCCUUCCUGCACUGCUGCAAGGAGAUGGAAACCCAGCAAGCUGAGAGGAAGAUCGAUAGCCUCAUACUGGCUCGCACUGGGAUGGAGGACAAUUACAUCGACAGCGAUAACAUCGUUUCUCGCACCAAGUUCCCUGAAAGUUGGCUGUGGUCAGAUGUCAUUCUGCCUGCUUGUCAUAGACAAACACCAGACUGUGACACCACAUCACUGACGAAAAAAUGUCCUUUGCAAGACUCAAUAACAACCUGGCAGUUCACUGGCAUUAGUCUGUCAAGAACUCACGGCUACCAGAAUGAGCUUGUCUACCGUAAAGGUGAUGGUUCUUUUGCUAUUUGGACGGAUAGCAAGAGCAGCACCUGGCUGACAGCGUAUGUUGCCAAGGUGUUUGCCAUGGCUGACAAUCUGGUGAGGAGUCUCGCACGAUGUGCUGCCUCUGUUAAUAGUCUGCCACACAGUAUAAGCAAAGCAGUGAACUAUUUGGAAAGGCGUCUGCCCAGCCUCAACAACCCAUAUGCUGUUGCAAUGACAUCAUAUGCCCUGGCCAAUGAAAACAAACUGAACAAGGAGAUCCUCUACAAGUUUGCUUCCCGAGACUUGUCCCACUGGCCAACAGGGAAUGGACACAUUUACACACUGGAGGCCACAGCUUACGCUCUUCUCGCUCUGGUCAAGGCCAAGGCAUUUGAAGAAGCCAAACCUGUUGUGAGAUGGUUCAGCACACAGCAGAUGGUUUACGGAGGCUAUGGAUCAACUCAGGCUACUAUAAUGGUGUACCAGGCCAUAGCAGAGUACUGGGCUAGUGCUAAAGAACCAGAGUAUGAUCUGAAUGUGGACAUCUUGUUGCCGGGCAGGUCAAAUCCUGUCAAGUUCAACUUCAACAGGGACAACCACUACGCCACCAGAACAUCUAAAGUCAAAGAUAUCAACCAGAAUGUGACGGUAACUGCCACGGGUACAGGAGAAGCAACAGUGAAAAUGGUGUCUCUGUAUUACGCUCUGCCUAAAGAAAAGAAAAGUGACUGUCAGAAGUAUAACUUGUCAGUGCAGCUCCUGCCAGAGAAAAUAGAGGAGAAUGAGAAAAUAUACAAGCUGAAAAUAGAGUUUUUGUAUAAGGACAAAGAGAGGGAUGCAACCAUGUCAAUCCUGGAUAUUGGCUUGCCGACUGGCUUCACCGUUAACACAGCUGACCUGGACUUAUUGUCUAAAGGAAAAGCCCGCAAUAUUGCAAGAUAUGAGAUGAACACAGUCCUGUCAGAAAGAGGCUCACUCAUCAUCUACCUGGACAAGGUUUCUCACACACACACAGAGGAGAUUUCUUUUAGGAUCCAUCAGGAGAUGAAAGUGGGAUUCACACAACCAGCUGCUGUGUCUAUCUAUGAAUACUAUGACCAAAGACAUUGUGUCAAAUUCUACCAUCCACUGAGGAAAGCUGGAGAGCUACUGCGUCUCUGUACAAGUGACGCAUGCAGAUGUGCAGAAGAGAACUGCAGUAUGCAGAACAAGGAGAAAAUCACCAAUGAUGAGCGAACAGCUAAGAUCUGUGAGAGUACACGGACCGGCAUAAUAGAUUUUGCGUACAAAGUGAGACUGGAAGGUUAUAAAGAAGAUGUGUCCACUGACAUUUACAAAGGGAAGGUACUGGAAGUCAUCAAAGAAGGAACUCUUGAUGUGGGUCCUCUGAAUAAAACACGUACAUUCCUCCGUUAUCCCUACUGCAGGGAGUCUUUAGUUAUUGGAACGGGCAAAACCUACCUCAUCAUGGGCACGUCCAAAGAUAUUCACAGAGAUGACAAAGACCAACCGAAUCAGUAUGUGCUUGGAGAGAGAACCUGGAUCGAGUACUGGCCCACAGAAGCUGAGUGUCAAACCCAGGAACACAGAAUUACCUGUUUGGGCAUGGAAGAGAUGGUUCAACAGUACGAGAUCUUUGGGUGUCAGCAGUAGUGAAACUCAAGAAAAGAAAAUAUUCA